GAAUGGGUCUCGCGAAGCGGAUGCACAGUAGAGAAGGCAGCGGCUGCCGCACGAGGCGAGGGAGGGUCUUGUCCUUGACGUGAGAUCUGCUGCUGUUCAUGGACUGGCUGUUCCUGGAGACUGAGUUUGUGAACAGCACUAAGCAGCACAUACUCUUCCACACUGCAGAAUGUGACCGGAUGUCUUCUGGGAUUGUCUAAUGGAAGAUAUUAGGUUAUUUGGGAACAAGGAGUCAUGUUGAUCACAUCUCCUCAGAGGAUCCUGUGUUUGCUGUCAGGUUGAAGGCAGGGUUGCCAUACCUCUAGAGGUCUGGAUCUCAGGGCCUCCUCCUCUUCUCUGAUGCCCAGUCCAGGUCAGCCUCUGUGGGCUAAAAAGUACAGUCAACACCCAUGGAUGACCACAUGCCUGGCUGGCUUCUCUGAGAGCAUGGUGAUGGAUGGAUCUUGAAUGAGAACGUCAGGGGUUUGAAUGACACAGGAAUCUCUGUGUUGCUUCCGUACGGAUAUCAGGUUGGAUCUUGUUCGUCCAGAGAAGGAGCGGUGGAGCGCUGGGGAGGGGAGGGAGGAUGGAGGGAGCAGAGAACAGCCCCCAGCAGAAGAGGAGGAGGCCAGUGUUGCACGGCCUGGAAGACCAGAAGAGGAUAUACACGGACUGGGCCAACCACUACCUCGCCAAGUCAGGCCACCGGCGUCUCAUCAAGGACCUGCAGACCGACGUGACUGAUGGCGUGCUGCUGGCUGAAGUGAUACAAGUUGUCGCUAAUGAGAAGAUCGAGGACAUCCAUGGCUGUCCAAGGAGUCGUUCUCAGAUGAUUGAGAACAUCGACGCCUGCCUCAGUUUCCUGGCAGCGAAAGGAGUCAACAUACAGGGCUUAUCAGCAGAAGAGCCGUUCUCAGGCCGCCCCGACAGACUUCCUACCUCCAGGGUGUUUGCUGCUGGCAGUGACAUCACACCUCGCAGCGGCUCGGUCAGCGCCCCCGGCAACCGGCGUAGUCAAGGUGACAAAAGCAAGCCUGGCCUGCAGCCCAGCAGAGAAUCCUCGGAGGGCGUGACCUCACAGCCAUCGGUGAUGACUGAGCAUGCUCAGUCACCACCUGUGACUGGCAUCAUCUCCUGCUCUACCUCGGCCCUCCUCCCUCCAUCCUCCUCCGCCAUCCCCCAGCCCAACUCCAGCAGCAGCAAGCCCUGGAGGAGCAGGUCCAUUAGCUCCAAGCCCUCCUCCUCUUCCUCCACCAUGUUGUCCGUCCGGCAGGACAGCCCCAAAGCAGCCCCGCCCACGGACGCCCCUCCCAAGGCCGUUACCCAGAAGUCCAUGCUGGAGAAACUCAAGCUGUUCAACAGCAAAGGGGGGUCCAAGUCCUCCAGUGGAGGGGGUCCCCAGCCAGCCGGCUCUGCCCCAGCCAGGCAGCCUGCAGCCGGAGCAGGGGGGAAGACUGAGGCGGGUUCCAACACCGAGGCCCUGGAGGAGGAGGGGAACGCACGGCCGGGGGCGACCGGUAACGGGACGGCUCACGGACCGCCUCCCGCUGCUGACAUCGCUGCGACAACCAGCAGUCCGAAGAUCGCCCUGAGGGGGAUCGCCCAGCGCACCUUCAGCAGAGCCCUGACUGCCAAGAAGGGCUCUGCCAAAGCCCUGGACAAGGACAAGGAGAAAGGGAAGGACAAGGAGAAAGGGAAGGACAAGGAGAAAGGGAAGGAGACGGGUAAGCGCAUCUCCAUCCCCGACAGGACGGAACUCAGGGGGGAGGAGACUAAGGAGGAAACUGCCGUUGCCUCAGAAACGGAGACCUCUGGCGCCAAGAGGACCUCGAAAAUCGCCAGCUUCAUACCCAAGGGGGGCAAAGCAGCCAAAAAAGACACAAUUUCUGCCCCCCUCCCAACGCACAGCGGAAUACCAAAGCCGGGGGCCAAGGUCCCCUCUGGGGGUGGCCGGGAGGGCGGGGAGCGCCCCCGCAGCAUGCGUCUGGGGGGUGGGGUGGGGCUGCUCCGAGGGCCCCCGGACCGGGACAGCAGACAGUCCAGCUCUACCUCUAGCCUGGCCUCCACGGAGGGCAGGGCCCCGCAGACCCACAGCGUCGCCCCGGUGGCUGCGGGAGGAACUACACAGAGCACAGCCAGCAAUACAGUCAGCGUGCAGCUACCUCAGCCUCAACAGCAGUACAGCCACCCCAACACAGCCACCGUGGCACCCUUCAUGUACAGGUCAUCCACAGAUGUGGAGGGUACCAUGACAACCGAGGGGGGCUGCGAAGGGAGGGAGGAAGAGACUGCGCCCUUCUGCAAGACAUCCAUGGAGGACCUCUCAGGUGAAGACCCGGAGACUCGGAGGUUGAGGACGGUGAAGAACAUUGCAGACCUCAGACAGAACCUGGAGGAGACCAUGUCUAGCCUUCGGGGAACCCAGGUCACACACAGCACCUUAGAGACCACCUUCGACGGAACUGUUACCACGGAGAUCAACUCCGGCGUUGGGCGGAGCAUCCUCAGCCUCACUUCCACCCGCCCCUCCCUGUCGUCGUGGCGACUCGGCCAGUCCAGCCCCCGGCUCCAGGCGGGCGACGCCCCCUCCCUGGGUAACGGGUACGGCGGGCGCGUUGCGGGGGGCCCGGGGGGCCGCUACCUGUACCCUGGGCCCCUGCGCAGGCAGCUGGGGGGGCGGGGGGCAGCCCCCGGGGGGCUGGAGCGGGGGGGCGACGAGGGAGACCUGGACGGGCUGGUCGCCAUGGACGCCACAGGGUACAUGAGCGACGGGGAUGUGCUGAGCAAGAACGCGGCGCGGGCUGAUGAUGUCACCAGCGGAUACCUGACGGACGGAGGGCUGAGUGUGUACGCUCGCCGGCUGAACCGCCUGCCCGACAGCCUGACGGCCGUGAGGGAAACCCUGCAGCACCAGCAGGGACAGGGAGAUGCAGACAGGUGUAUGCCCCCCCCGCCCCAGCUGCGGAGCCAUGAUGAGGCCUCUCGUGAGUGGCUGCGUUCCCACUCCUCCGGGGGGCUUCCAGACUCAGCCAGUAACUCCCCCAUUCUCCCCCGGCCUCCAGCCUGGCCUCCAGCCUGGCCUCCAGCCUCGCAUUCGCCCUCCGGAACACGCUUCACCUUUGCUCAGCUCGCAUCCAGCCCCACCUCGGCCAAUCAGAUCAACCUGGCCAGCAUGCGCAACAACAGCCUGACCAAUCAGGAUACGUCGUUUGACCCCCGGGUGAGGAACUCUUGCUUGUCACUGGACGAGAAGACUCGAAGCAUGAGCCGGUCUGGGUCCUUCAGGGACGAAGAAGUCCACGGCUCGUCUCUCUCUCUGGUGUCCAGCACCUCCUCCAUCUACUCUACGAAUGAAGAAAAGUCCCAGUCAGAGAUCCGUAAGCUACGCAGAGAGCUGGAUGCCUCCCAGGAGAAAGUGUCCGCCCUGACGACCCAGCUGAGCGCCAACGCCCACCUGGUGGCAGCAUUUGAACAGAGUCUGGGGAACAUGACCAUCCGCCUCAAGAGCCUCACAAUGACCGCUGAGCAGAAGGACUCUGAGCUGACUGAGCUGAGGAAGACCAUUGAGCUGCUGAAGAGGCAGAACACCAUGGCUCAGGCCGCCAUCAACGGAGUCAUCAACACACCUGAGCUCACCUGCAGGACUGAGGGCCCAGAGGGGAGUAAUGGUGCCCAGCAGCAGCAGGAUCUGAGGAUGAGAAGGCAGCACUCAUCUGACAGCGUCAGCAGCGUGGCCAGUGCCACUAGCCACUCCAGCAUUGGCUCCAACAUGGACGCCGACACCAAGAACAAGAAAAAGAACAAGAAGAACUGGCUGCGCAGCUCCUUCAAGCAGGCGUUCAGUAAGAAGUCUCCCCGGUCGGCGUCGUCUCACUCGGACAUCGAGGAGAUGACAGACUCAUCCCAGCCCUCCUCGCCACGGCUGCCCCACGGUGGCUCUACCCGGCCGGGUCACCUGAGGAAUACCCACUCCAGCUCUCUGCUGUCUGAGUGUGUGGAGGGGGAGGCAGACAUGGUGAGGCUGCUGAGGGGGGAGCUGAGGGAGAAGGAGAUGAAGCUGACAGACAUCAGGCUGGAGGCCCUCAGCUCUGCCCACCAGCUGGACCAGCUCAGAGACACCAUGAACCGCAUGCAGGGAGAGAUUGAGAAGCUGAAGAUGGAGAACGACCAUCUGAAGCAGGGCAGCCUGGGCUCCAGCCGACCCCCCUCAGCCUCCCCCGGCCCCGCCCCCAGCCCCGGCCCCGCCCCUGGCCCAGGGCUCUCCCAGCACAGCCUCAACCUCACUGAGUCCACCAGCCUGGACAUGCUACUGGAUGCCCCCAGUGGAGAGGGGGGGGUGAGGAAGGACGGGCGGCUGGUGAAGAUCGUUGUGAGCCUGGGGGAUGACCGCACAGCUGGAGAGGAGUUCCGGCAGCGACACUUUCUGAUUGGCUGCAUCGGCGUGAGUGGGAAAACCAGAUGGGACGUACUGGAUGGGGUGGUGCUCCGCCUCUUUAAGGAGUACACCAGUCAUGUGGACCCUGGGGGCCAGCUGGGGUUGAGCUCCGAAAGUGUCGAGGGUUACAGCAUUGCUGACGUGUAUCGCCAUAGCAACCCCGUCCCUGCCCGCUCCCCAGAGCUGCUCCCCUGUGGGUACCUGGUGGGAGACAGCGACACCAUCAACAUCAAACUGAGAGACUCCUCCAGUGACAGUGUGGACUCUCUGGUGUUUGAGAGUCUGAUUCCUCGGCCGGUGCUGCAGCGGUUCGUUUCCCUGCUGAAGGAGCAGCGGCGGGUCAUCCUGUCUGGGCCUGGAGGCACGGGCAAGACCCACCUGGCCGGCCUGCUGGCCCGACACCUGGCCCUGCUGCUGGGCCGAGCCCACAGCCCGCACUGCGUGGUCACUUUCAACGUGGACCACAAGUCUAGCAAGGAGCUGCGUGUGUACCUGUCAGGGCUGGUGGAGCGCUGCAGCAGCCAGCAGGAGGUGGAGCGCCCCCUGGUGGUGAUCCUGGAUAACCUGCACCAUGUCAGCUCUCUGGGAGACAUCUUCAACGGCCUCUUCAACUGCAGCUACCAGAACAGCCCCUACAUCAUCGGCACCAUGAGCCAGGCCACAUCCUCGUCCCCCAACCUCCAGCUGCACCACAACUUCAGGUGGGUGCUGUGUGCCUGUCACAUGGAGCCGGUGAGGGGCUUCCUGGGGCGCUACCUGAGGAGGAGGCUGAUGGAGACAGAGAUGAUCAGCCGCUCACGCUGCGCACAGCUGGGGAAGAUCGUGGACUGGAUCCCCCGCAUGUGGCAACACCUCAACCACUUCCUGGAGGAACACAGCUCAUCCGACGUCACCAUCGGGCCCCGCCUCUUCCUGUCCUGUCCCAUGGAUGUGGAGGGCUCCAGGGUUUGGUUCACUGACCUGUGGAACUACUCCAUCAUCCCCUACAUGCUGGAGGCAGUUAGAGAGGGACUGCAGCUGUAUGGACGCAGGUCUGUGUGGGAGGACCCGGCUCGCUGGGUGAUUGACAGCUAUCCCUGGUCGGCCACGCCCACACACGUUGAUUGGCCGCCGUUGCUGCAGCUCCGCCCAGAAGACGUGGGAUUCGACGGCUACUCCGCCCCGAGAGAAGGAGUCAGGAAGGAACCUCCACGGAGCGACAGUGAUGCAGACCCCCUGAUGAACAUGCUGAUGAGGCUGAAGGAGGCGGCGACGUCGUCCAGCCCUCAGAGCUACGACAGCGACAACAGUCACCACGACGACCUCCUGAACUCCUCCCUGGAGUCCACCCUGUGAGGCCGACCUCACCCGUUUCCACGCCAACGUUCACCAUCAACACACCUCUGUUAUCUUCAUCAUAUCGUCAUGGGAAACAUUCCUGGUGCAGGUAACCAGAAAAUGAGACGAGGUCUCUAACCUUCAAAUGAAGUGAGUUCGAACCUGACAGGAAGUUGACAGGAAGUGAGGUCUAUUGAAGAGGUCUGUCAUUUCUUCACUAUCCUGUCAGGACGUUGACAGGAAGUGAGGUCUAACCUGACAGGAAGUGAGGUCUAACCUGACAGGAAGUGAAGUAAAGUGGAUGAGCAGGGUCCAGGGACCUGCCAUCGUGUCUUCUUUCUCCAGGAUGCUGCAGCGCAUCUUCACAUCAGCAACAUCACCUGAGGGUCCUCAUCCCCUCUCUCCUUCCACCCUCCACCUCACAUCCUCGUCCUCCAGGCUAGGAAACGCUCACUCCUCCCCCAGCUGCAGUGCGCCCAGCUAGGCCACGGGAGGGACUGUGAAGCCCCCUAUCUCUGGAGCUCCGGACUGGAAGACAGAGACCUUUACACAGACCAGCAGCUCCUCCUCCACACCGCCUAUGUGUACACCACGCACACACGCCCUGCGCCUGCCGUCUGCAGACACGCCAUCAGACUGAAGUCUACUGGUGCUGGACUGACCUUGAGAAAAGGAUGCCUUAUUGUUUUGUAACAGACUUUGUGCAUUUGCUACUUUUCUAACUGUUUGUGUGUAAACUCCCAGUGCUCUGUAGUCUCUCUCCUGUCCUCGCCGGAGCUGUGACAUCCUUGUCAUAUCAAACACCAGCCGUUAAAAAGAGGUUGAUGACAUGUGGGUCUGGGCUUUCAUACAUGUGGAAGUAUAUGUGGUUGGGCUGACUUGACUCCUAAUGCUGAGAAAGUUGGGCUGACUUGGUGAGGCGACCUGGAGGAGGAGCACAGCUCUGGUGCUCAGACGACUCAGACGACUCAGACGACUCAGUUUUUCUUGUUUGAGUAGCAGGCUGAGGAAGGCAGCUGUCUGUUUGUGUUGGUUUGUGAUAUCAUGAUAAUAACAUGAACAAUAUUGUGAUAACAUGUUGGAUGACCUGUGACCCCUAGUGUGUGCUGCUCUGUAUGUAGUGACUUUACUUGAUCGUGAAUCAUGAACGGAAGAUCAAAUGAUAAGUUUGCUGUAUCAGGGUAUCAGAGGGUUCAGACUCAUUUGAUCGUUUUUUUCCUCUAAAUCUACCUCCCAGGAAAGUUCUGGGUCAUUUAGUGUUAAGCUUCUUCCGUUGUCUUUCAGUGUUCGAGUGUGAAUGUGUGAAGUCACCCGUUCUAUGCAACAGUCGUGUUCAGUCUCAACAUGACAGCCAGACCUGAAGGCUUGGUCCUGCCUGUCUCCUGCCCUGACAACACAUGUACAGCAUGGACACACGCGUGAAUACCGUCUGGGUAUUCCAGCGUCCCACUUUGCUUGUUGAUUUGUGUCUGUACAUUUUGAGGAGUCUGUUGAUGUGGUAAAUGUUAGAACAGAGAAACCCUUGUGAAUGUGUGUGUCUCGUGAGUGGCCGGCUGUGAGAUGAGAGGACUGUUGACAUGUAUGGGGAGAGGCUGAGGGACGUUUCUCAUAAACUCAAUGGAUGUGUAGCCUUCUUUGAUAGGCUAUGUACAUUUUUGUAUGUAACAGCUAUGUAAAUAAUUGAUUAUCUUGCAACAUUUUGAUGAAUUUUCUAUCUUAUUUGUAACAGUACUUGAAAAUGAGUAUUUUGUGUACAGUCUCUUUCAUCAGAGGAGGCUGACGUUGUCUAACAUCAGCAGUCGGACCCAGCCUUGAGAGUUUAUUCUGAUGAUCACUGUACUAGUCCUAAUUUAUUUGUGAUUCAUUAAAAUUUAUGAUUAUUUAUGA